AAUGUGGACAGUCUGGAACAAGCUGCUGAAUCCUUGGCGUUGUGCAACGUCUGUGUGUGUGUGUGUGUGUGUGUGUGAGAGAGAGAGAGAGAGAGAGAGAGAGCUCUACAUGAAUGAUUCACUUUUAUUGAUCCGGGAAUCUGCUGCUGCUUUGACACACGAUGGAGUCUCGCGGCCUCCUCGCGCUCGCGCUGAUCGUCUGGUUCCGCUGCUAUGGCGCCCUCUCGUGUCCGGUUCGCUGCACGUGUCACUUCGGCAUCCAGUCCACAGAGGCAGUGUGUCCAGACGCGGACCUCUCGCAUUACCCCAACGAAGGUCUCCCAGGUAACACCACCUCCCUAACCAUCCAGUUCACCAACCUGAGCAGCGUCUCCGCCAAGGAGCUGGGAGCCACGCCCCUUCUCCAGGAGCUCCACCUACCAGGAAACAGACUCGGCAGCUUACAGGAGGACCUGCUUACUGGUCUUUAUCACCUGCACACCAUAGACCUUACAGGAAACCAGUUACAGGAGCUGCCUGCUCGGGUGUUCUAUCAUGCCCCGCUCCUUAACCUGGUUCUUAAAGACAACUGGCUCACCAGCGUCGAUGCCGACUGGCUGCCCACAAACAGCAACCUCACAUGGCUUGACCUGUCAGGGAACAAGCUGAAGAAAGUUCCCUCUGUUCUGCUGGAGAGGCUGAGCCACCUAGAAACCCUGCACCUCUCCCAGAACCUGCUGGAAGUGCUUCCAGCUGAGAGCCUCCACUCCCUUCAUGCUCUAGAGAGACUUUACCUGGAAAAGAACAAACUUCAGACUCUGGAUGAGAAAGCUUUCAGCCACACCACUAACCUGACUCACCUGUUCCUUCAAAAGAACAAGCUGCAGACUCUCCCGGCUACAGUGUUCCACGGCCUGGACCGGCUGCAGUACCUGGACCUCUCCGAGAACCAGCUGACAUUUCUGACACCUGGAACCCUUGGUUUAGGGAUCAGCUGGGUGGAGUUGACCCUGAACCCUUGGCAUUGUGAUGCUAAAAUAGAGUACCUGUGGAAGAGGAUAAACAAGGUGCCAGUGCAGUCCGAGCCAAAGUGCGCCUCACCCGAGACACUGAAGGACAAAGCCAUCACAGAACUUACAGGCAAAGAGCUGGGAUUGCCGGAGUGAUGAAGAAAAAGAUGAAGAUGAGAUGGAGGGAAUAGAGAAGAGAGAGAAUAUAAGAAAUAGAAAAAGAAAAUGUGGUUAGAAAAUAAAACAGCAACAAUAAAGCAAAUCAGCUGUAGCUUCAUGUUGUGUUGAAGAGCGCAGUGAUAAAAAUUCAACAAAAGUAAUGUUUUCUGGUCGAAAAUGACAAAAAUAAACCCUGUGUAUGAUGAAAGA